UUGGCGCGCUGUCAAUUUGUGCACACAUUUCAUAGAUAAAUUGUUAUUACAUGAAUAAAGGAACAAUAGCUUUUGUUUUAAAGGUCACAAAUCAGUACAACACAUUCUUCUAAAUAGUAUUGUGUCAGGUCAAAUUUUUAACUCACAAAAUGCACGACACAGCCUUUUGUUUCGAGACUGUUUCUCCGGAUUCGUGGCUUGCAAACGAGCAAACUUGGAAAGAAAACCUUUUAAAACUACCUAACUGGUAUCAGAUACCUCUUAUAAACUCAAAUGCCUCACACAAUCUGCCCGACGGGACGCUGGUGCGGUUCCGGGGGAUGAUACAGGACAUGCACAACCCGGAGUUCUACUUUGAGCAGUUUGAAGUGUUUAACUCUGAAACUAAUGAGGUUAGGAACAAGUCUGGGAAGUACCGGGAUACAGCUAAUAUUUUGGAAAAUGAGAAAAUCAACUAUGCAAAUAACCUUCUAAGUGGACAACGUCAAACAAUGGUUGUAGUCUCCAUGCCAGGUCUAAACGAGUGGGCACAGCAGCUCGAAGAUAGCCGAAACCACUUAAAUCACCUAAAGCAACAACCAAACACUUCGAAACGCCUCACAUCUUCAACAAAGCUGAAACGGAGCUAUGAUGAGGAUGAGAUAGAGGAUGAUGCGAUGCAAGUAGAACAGGAAGUGACGCAUAAAGAGCCUAGGACUAAGGAGGCGGAGAGUGUGGCAGCAAACAUGGUGUCUCGGGAACAUCUGUUGAACUUCCCGCUGCCUGAUGUCGCUUGCCAAUCUUGUAUAGUUAAGGUAUACACAGAAGACGACCAGCUAAAGCUAAAUGAAAUGAUAGAAGUAGUAGGAUUCCUAUCCGUAGACCCGGCACUGUCGGGCGAGUUCCAGCCCGAGACGGACCCGCUGGUGGACCCUCGGGGAGAGAGCGAGGCGGAGGCCGUCACGCACAACCCGCCGCCGAGCCUCGUGCCGCGGCUGCACGCUGUUCAUGUGAGGAGGUUGGACCAUUGUAACCCGCUGGUUGAAGGAGAGUUUGAUCAGAACACAGUAUUAAAGGAAGCAAAUACAGCACGAGAGCAUUUACUCAAGGCCCUGACAGAGCUACUGUUAGGGGACAAACUUGCCGCUGAAUACCUCAUAUGUCACCUCAUAGCUUGCAUCUACCUCCGCCAAGAGACCCUGACCCUCGGUUCCUUCUGCCUGAACAUCUCGAACUUGCCAAUCCGCAAGUACCCGCACUACGCGAAACAGCUAUAUGACAUCAUCAAGCAGUUCGUUACCAAGAGUUAUUACUUGCCGCUCACUGUUGAUAAUAUGAAUACUAUGGCACUGCUGCCCAAAAAAGACUACGAGUGCAACCGUCUAACCAGUGGGAUCCUCCAGCUGAGCAAGCACACGCACCUGGUCCUGGACGAGACCCGCCUGCAGCAGGGCCGCCUCGGGCCCGCCGGCGUGCACAAUAUAGCCGCUUUGGGGAAUUUGAUCAAGACUCAGAAACUCAAAUACGACUUCAAGUAUUACCAGAUGGACUUUGAUUCCGAUGUGUCGGUAUUGAUACUUUCGGAGGGAAAGUCACUUUUACCGAGUGACUACCAUGUACCUCUCCGCCCCGAGGAAUCCUCACUAGAAAUAUUCGAUGCCAUCGUAGAAGCCGCCACCUACUACCUCAAGGAGGAGAUCAUGAACCUCAUCCGGGCGUACCUAACCAACCUCAAACUCGUCAAGUACACCGUCACAGAAGAUUUAAAGUUUGUAGAAGACGAUUUCAUCGAAAUGCGCCGCAACUCAACGACCGACGCUCCCGUCACCGCCGACGACCUGCACAGGCUGCUCGUGUUAGCUCGGCUAGUCGGUCUGUCCCGCGGACACGACACGCUCAGCAACGAGUGCUGGGACACCGCCAAGGCCAUGGAGGCAGAGCUUCAGCACCGGCUGAAGAAUAGAGUGCCUUCAACCAUAUGAAGAAAAAAAAAACUGUUCAAAUCAAUGAAAAAAAAGAUUGCUUUUGUUUACAGAAGUUCGCUGUGCGUAAUUUAUUUAUCGCAUUUUUCAGCAUGAACUAGUGAUUUAUUACAUACACGUUUUUAUAUAAUU